GGAGCAGGAGGGAGGAUCCAGCAAGACGUCUGUUUUACAAACCAACAGACAGGCGACCACAGGAGAGGGCUGAUAUCCCCAACCCAAGCGAGUCAUUCUUCCGGGGCUACUGCUUGCCCUCUCGGAUUCCUGUGUCUCCACAGUCCGAGGUUUCUUUCAGUUUUGUCAGUCUUGGCUGACCCCACGCCUGGCUAACUUUAGGCAAUCGGGGUGAAGAAUCGAAAGCAAGCGGAUCAGCUGGAUGUCGGCUAAGUGCCUUGGCAACCACAAGCUCCGCAGAGUCCGGAGAUGAGGCAGAGCUUCGGACCCCUGUCCCUGGCGCUCUUUCUCUUCUUGCUGGCUCUGCUGACCCAGCCAGGAGAUGGCAACCAGGGCAGUGCCAUCGGAAGCUGUUCGUGUGGUAGAACAAUCGCUUCUGGCACCCCGGUACCGGCUGCUACCUUGACUCAUAUCCGAAAACACCUGAAAGCAUACGAUCACUGUCCAUUCCUCAUCAGGUUCCACUUAAAGUCCACGAGUGUGUGUGGGAGAAGCCAAGACCAGUGGGUCCGUGAAUUGAUAAGCUGCUUUGAGAAAAAAGAGUGUGGAAAUGGCCAUAGGAAGAGUCUCCACCACCAGGACCAUUUGCCUCAUGCUAGCACCUGGAUCCCCGUGGCCACAGAGGGGACACCUCCAGACACAAGCACACCCGCACAGAUUCAGAGUACCCAGCAGUCCACUUUUCCAUCUGGAGCCCUGUCCUUGAACAAAGAGCUAACCCACCACAGUGAAACCCCUGCUCUCCCUUCAGGCUAUGAUCUGGAAGCUAGACCUGAGGCUAAGGCAAACAAAAAGCAGCAAGAGGACAAAGAGCAAAAAGAGAAACCAGAAUCUUCGGCUGGCACACCAGCUGCGGUAGCAGUGCUGUCCCUCCUGGUCAUUGUCUUCCUUCUCAUAGCAGUCAUGGUUUAUAUGCUGUGCAACAGGAAGAGAGUGAGACAGCAGAGCUCUGCAGAUCUGCAGCUCCAUUAUGCACCUGUAAGCCAAGACUCCAGGGCCUGAAGCAAGAAUGGAAGCUUGUGAGAAGGCUUGGGAGGUGGCAGUAGACUGUGCUCCAUCAGCGAACUGUUCCUUUGCUCAUUCUCCCUUAAGCUGUCUGAGACAAAGUAUUCAUCUCAUAAUCCAGGACAGCUUGGAGUUACUGAUUCUCUACCUCUUCCUCUAGGCUCUGGGAUCACAACACACGCCGCAUCUGUCCUCAUUUUCCUCUGUAAAGAAUGUAUACUGCCUCCGGAGUAGUGGAUUAAAGGUGUGCACUACUUUUAAUGACUAAUAAUGAGUGCCUCACUGCCCUUAGUGCUGCCCCUUGCUGCUAAUAAAAUGUAAUACUCUAAA